AUGACAACAACAGAUCACUCAGAAUCUACGGCGAUAAAUUUCGCUUUACCACCUUUGCCAAUUCCCCCCGACGACGCUGACGCAACUACGAAACUAUAUCCUAGAGAUAAGCAAAGUAGAAAAACAGAUGCAUACAAUAGGUUGAAUGCAUUAACGAAGCAAAAAUCUUCUCAAGCUAAACUUUCGGAUUUACGGGAAAUACAUGUGGCCGAUUUGAAUAUCGUUCAUCAAAUUUUAUGGACUAAUUUGGUUCUUGCUAAAGAAAAUAAAACUUUCAUCGAUUUGGAAUUUGAUUUUACAAAAGAUUUGGAAAAAUGCGUAUACAAAAACGGGCAAGCUAAUUCUACUUCACCAAAUUUACCCAAAGAUUUUUCAAAAAUUGUCCCUAAAAGAAUCGGAACCUUAUAUGAUUUAUCAGCAAUCAAAGGACUAAACAAAGGAACGUUUCCUAAAUUACCGCCUGAUUUAACAUCCUUGGUGAAAGACGUGGUGGAUGUUAACCUUCUUCAAAACCUGCAAAAACUACCACCUAUACCGCAUCCAUGGAUGUCAAAACUAGAAACAACCAACUUGAUCUUAAAAAGCAUUCCUGAUGAUUUGUUAGUUGACGUCAAAAAAAUCGUUCCUGCUGCAGCUCAAGUAAAUCAAGGGCUCACAAUCAACGAUGGAUGGUUCACAGCAGGAUUAAACUCUGUUGCGAAAUUAAACUCACCAAUCAUAGGAGAUUUUAAUGGUGAUUGGGUUCCUGUCAUUAUAGAUGAUACUAUACUAGUAUAUGAUCAACCUACUAACUCAACAGAUAAGCCUCGGACUGUCUUUGCUAAAUGUGAUAACCCAACAACCGAUUUUUGGGUUCCUUUACUUGAGAAAGCAUAUGCUAAACUUCACGGUGAUUACGAAAGUAUCGAAUGGGGUUUUGCGGCUCAAGGUGUCGAAGACUUGGCUGGUGGAUUCCCUUCAUAUUUCGAUUCUGAUCAUGUUGACAAAGAAUCAUUUUGGAAAGAUCAACUGAAACCAAUUCAAAUUGGAUACGAUUACGCGAUUAAACGCCCACUUGAUUCCUGGCAACAGAAUACGGUUUUUGGACUUUUCCAUUGGCGUAAAAAUAACGUUCAAUAUAACAAAGAAAACCAGCUUGGAGAGAAUGGAUUAUUUUACAAUCAUGUUUAUAUUUUAUUGGGAGCUUACGAUAUUGGCGGAAAAAGACUUGUUAAAAUUAAAAGUCCUUGGACUGGAGCGGAGUGGAAAGGAAACUGGUCUGAUUGGGAUGAUACGAAAUGGAAAGCACAUCCUCAGUUUGCGUUCGCGCUUGAUUUCAAGCCAUUUAAUAAGGAUGGCAUAUUUUUCACUGAUUAUGACACACUAUUAAACCAAUUUCAAACUAUCGAUAAAUGUGAGAUUUUAUCUGAUCAAUGGUAUUUGUCUUCGAAAUGGAUUGAUUUUCCAAUAAGUCCAUCUAAAACACCUCCUCCAAGCUUCGUAUUUGUGAUCAAAGCUAAAUCACAAUCUUUGAAUGACGAUGUAUCUGUAAAGAUUGUCUUACAACAGCCAGAUUCGCGUUAUAUUACUCCCGCGGUUAUUACCAGUCUUAGUUUCGAAAUUUACCCUGCAAGCGCACAAGUUUUAUUAGAUCGAGCGCCGAAGUAUUAUUCUACUGAGCUACGAAAUGUCAGCUAUGAUGGCAAACUAAAGCCGGGCGUUUAUCAGGUCAUCCCUUACGUCACGAUCUAUCAAGGAAAUCCCAACAAUAUCGCAUCUAUUCCUAUUGGCCUCAGAAUUUAUAGUGAGACUACGAUUAAUGAAAAUGAAAACGACAAUAAUUUUAUUGAAGGAAAUGCUUUACCCUAUAUCUCGAAAUUAUAA